AUGAAGUUAUGUGCCGUAUGUGGGAAUGAAGCCUUGAAAGAAAGGCGGUGUCAAAAUUGGUUUGCCAAAUUUCGUUCUGGUGAUUUUUCACUGAAAAAUGCUCAACGAUCUGGCCGACCAGUUGAAGCUGAUGAGACCCAUAUCAAGGCCGUUAUCGAUUCAGAUCGUCAUAGCACAACGCGUGAGAUUGCAGAAAAGCUCAAUGUAUCACAUACAUGCAUUAAAAAAAAAUUAAAACAGCUUGGCUAUGUCAAGAAACUCGAUUUAUGGGUCUCUCAUUCGCUUAAAGAAAUUCGUUCGAUGCAACGCAUUAGCAUCUGCGAUUCGCUUCUGAAACGCAACGAAAUUGAUCCAUUUCUGAAACGACUGAUUACUGGCGACCAAAAGUGGAUAGUUUAUAACAACGUUAAUGGGAAAAGAUCGUGGCUGAUGCAAGAUGAACCAGCCCAGACGACACCAAAAGCUGAGAUUCACCAAGAAAAGAUUAUGCCGUCAGUUUGGUGGGAUUAUAAAGGAAUUCAGUAUUUUGAAUUUUUACCAAGAAACCAAACGAUUAAUUCAAACGUGUACGUUCAACAACUCGUCAAACUGAGCGAUACACUUCAAGAAAAACGGCCAAAAUUGGCAAAUAGUAAGGGUAUUGUUUUCCAGCAUUAUAAUGCAAAGCUCCACACAUCUUUGGUUACUCGCCACAAAUUAUUGGAACAUAGAUUGGGAUGUGUUGUUACAUCCAUCAUAUAG